AUGGGUGAUCGGAAGAACUUAGACAUGGCGAUGACGGUGAUAAAGAUUGAUGGCGGUAACGGAGGUAGGAGAUGGAUGGAGAAGGCGAUGGUUGUGGAUGAUUUGAUGAAUGAAUCCGGAGCAGCUCCCACAAUUUCAUCAAACAAAUCCCCAAUCGUUUUUUACAUGAACAUGUCUAAGCAAACUUAUACAAAUUCCGCCUCUAUUAAUAUCGUCUCCGUUUCUGAUUCGGAUGUAAAUUUGACGAAUAUCAGAUCAGGAAGCCACACGGACAUCGGGCCCCGCAAAUUUAACGAAGACGAACACAUCCGGAUCGAUGACCUGUCAAGCCACCUAGGCGAUCUUUACAAAUGGUCAUUCCCAAGCUCCUUUUACGCCAUUUUCGAUGGCCAUGGCGGCUCUGAAGCAUCAUCUUUUGUCAAAAACCACGUCAUGAAACUACUCUUUGAAGAUUCCGAUUUCCCACAAUCCUCAGACAUAAACAAAACAUUCUUAAAAGAUCUAGAAGAUUCCCAUUCCAAAGCGUUCUUACUUGCUGACAAAGCAAUAGCUAACGAAUGCAGCAUCAACAAUGACUGUGGGACAACUGCGUUAACCGUUUUAGUCCUCGGCCAACAUCUGGUAAUCGCCAACGCCGGAGACUGUCGAGCGGUUUUAUGUCGGAAUGGAAUCGCGAUUCCGAUGUCUCAAGACCAUAGACCCUCUUGUCUACAAGAGAAGAAGAGAGUGGAGGAGUUAGGUGGGUGCUUUGAAGGCGGGUUCUUAGACGGUGACCUGGCGGUUACACGGGCCCUUGGAGACUGGUAUUUGAAGUUACCAAUCGGGUCAAAUUCUCCCCUGAUUGCAAACCCGGAAGUGAGUGUAAUGGUGUUGAGUGAAGAAGAUGAUGAGUUUAUGAUUAUUGGAUGUGAUGGGAUUUGGGAUGUGAUGUCAAAUCAAGCAGCUGUGAGUCUUGUGAGGCGAGAAUUAAGGAGGCAUAAUGACCCGAAAAGGUGUGCUAUGGAGCUUGUGAAAGAAGGUUUAAGGCUUCAUGCUGCUGAUAAUCUUACUGCUAUUGUUGUUUGUUUCAAGGAUCGGAUCGAACCACUUGUGGGCUCAACCCGCCCGAAAUCCAGACGCAUCGCCAUGAGUGAAGAAGCAAGAAAUACACUCAGAAGAAGUCUACUUGGAGAGAACUGA